UGGCCUGCAUGGGCUGUCCCAACGUGCUUCAUUCUUCAGUUUCCCCUGCGGACAACUUGGAUGUAGUUUGAAGACAUGAAUUUGUACAGGAGUUUCGGGAAUCUUAUGGAAGCCUGGGUGACAGAGGGUGCAUCAGAGCCAGACUGGUUGGAGCGUAAUGAGGAAGACCCUCCUUCACCUCCUUCAGACGUGGACACUAAUGUCCGCUCGGAAUCUGUGGACUCGGGAGUGGAGACUGCCAGCUCGGAUAUCUCAUUCCCAACCACAUCUGUGUCUGUGGAUUUGGACACUUUCACCCCUCCGACAUCUCAGUUUCCAGUCUUAUCAUUCCCCUCGUCUUCGUCACCAUAUCUAAUGGCCAACAGAUCUAAGGUGGAACAGGCUCUAUUGAGGGUUGAGUCGUUUAGAGAGAAGAGAAAAGAGGCUCCAGUGGAUGAGAUGGUCAGGCGGCAGCCCCUGUCAUCUUUGUUGCCCAAGAGACACACACCCGAUCUGGUGAGGAGUCAAAGGUCAAGUAGCUUUGUGCUCAGAAAAACAUCCAGUUCAUCUCCACUGAUCAGACAGAUAUCGCAAGGACAGAGGCGACCACAGUCAGCUAUUUAUGACAGGCAGCAAACACUUAACUACAUACCAAAGGUCCUGACUGGAGCAGAGAAGUCCGAGCUGAGUCCAGGCCUACAGUAUCUGGAGCAGGUUUGUCAAAUGCUGGAGGAAUACGCUCAAGAGCAACUGCAUCACAACACACAGCACACCAAGGCCUUAGAGGAAGAACAAGUUGCAGGCACGUGUCAUUUUGAGGCUGUUGAAAAGGAAGAGUUGUGUCAAAGUUCUGAGGAAACACAAUUGGAUCCUUCGUCCAGCGUGCCUCAGCAGAGAAGAGAGAGACUCCAUGGCCACUUCAGGCAAAGAUCAGCCUCGGACACAAACCUGGCAUCACUGCAUUUACGACGAUUAAAGCUUGACUAUGAAGAGUGCAAUUUGAGCACUCAUGGCCUACAGGAGAAAGCUGAGGAGGACCAGGAGAAUCAGGACUGUCGGAAAGAUGAUCUGAGCAAGUCUAAAAACUACUGGAGAUUCAAGUUUGGUUCCAUGAGAAAGGUGGAUGAGAAAAACAGCCCACAGAUGCUGUCGAGCUCCACUCGGAGGAGGCUGAGUCAGUUGUUCAGAAGAAGAAGGAAAACGGGACCUGUUUAAAUAGACUGUUUGUCUUGCUAUUAAUGACAAAUUCUGUUUUUAUUUAUUAUGCACUGUACAGAUUCUUAUUUAUCCUCAUUUCCUAUGGAAGUGCAUGUGUAUUAUUGAAAUAUUGUCAAACAUAGAUUUGGCCAUUUUUAAAUCUAUAUAAUUUAUGUAUAUGGCUCUGGGAGCAUCGGGAGAUUUGCCACUGUCUUAUAUAGCAGAUAGACAGUAGAAAUUUGGAAAAGCAGCCUUUGAAAGAUUGGUUAUAGUUCCUUUUAUUUAUGAGUCCUCAUUGGCAUUUUAUAAUUAUUAACAAAUUUGUCAAAAUGUUUUGGUUAAUUGAUACUUUUGGUUAUUGGACUACACAGCUUUAUAAUUCUAACUUAUCUUUUAAUAAGUAAAUAAUAAUAAGCACCUAUCACAGCUCA